CCCCUGUCUACAUCAAUGGAGCAGAGGUGGAGAGCAGCAAGUUACUAGGAGUGAUGAUAACCAACAAUUUGUCCUGGACCUUCCACAUAGAUGCAACGGUCAAGAACACACGACAAUGCCCCUUCCUCAGAUGGCUUAGGAAAUUCAGUAUGUCCAUAAGGACUCUCUCCAACUUUCACAGAUGCACCACCGAAAGCAUUCUAUUCGGGUGCAUAAUGGCUUGGUACAGCAACUGCUCUGCCCAGGACCUUAAGAAACUAUAGAAAGUCGCGUGCGUAGCCUAGACAAUCAUAGAAGCCAACCUUCCAUUCAUGGACUCAAUUUACACUUCUCAUUGCCACAGAAAGGCUGCCAACAUCAUCAAAGACUCUUCCAACCUCUUCUAUCAGCGAAUCUUCGAAAUAUCAACAUUCCUCAAAAAAUCGACAAAACAUUAACUCACCGCCUAAAAUCAAUGUUAAAACUCACCGAAGGGAGAUGUGACCUUGCUGAACUGCACAGCCGUUGUGAACACAAGUAAUGAAGCACUGUCUGACAAAAAUGCUAUUAGUGAAAGUAUCCACUUACAUGCAGGACCAGACCUCAAGGAUGAGUUACAGAAAUUGAAAGGUUGCCGCACAGGAGAGGCGAAGAUGACCAAAGGCUUUAACUUGGCUGCAAGGUUUAUUAUCCACACAGUUGGACCACGAUACAAUGCUAAGUACAGAACAGCCGCUGAGAGCUCCUUAUAUAGCUGCUACAGGAGUGUACUCCUAUUAGCCAGGGAGCAUUCAAUGUCAUCAGUAGGAUUGUGUGUCAUUAAUACACCAAAAAGAGGCUACCCUUUGGAGGAUGCUACCAAUAUUGCUUUGAGAACAGUUAGACGAUUUUUGGAGAAACAUGGAGACACUAUUGAGACUGUUGUUUUUGCAGUUACAGAUCUAGAAGAGGCUACAUAUGUGAGGUUGAUGCCUCUUUAUUUUCCACGAUCUUUGGAGGAAGAAAAGAGGUCUCUACCGUUCCUCCCUGCCGAUGUAGGGAAUGCUGAAGGAGAGCCAGUCAUUGCCGAACGUCAGAUCCGUAUAUUGGACAAACCAGGCAUUCCUUCUCAUGAAGAUGAAUCUGAUGAGGAACACCUUGAGCUAGAGUAUAUUGGAACACAUGCAUUUGCUAAGAUGGAAGGCGAUAUUGAUAAACAGAGGCGGCUGAUUCUUCAAGGGCAAAUGUCUGAAGCAGCAGUUCAAAAAGCACAUCAGCGAAACUAUAACCGUUGGUUGUGCAGAGCUAGAGCAGAUGACCUGUCGGGUGUUGCUUCAUUAAAAGCAUUAUAUCAAACUGGAUAUGAUAAAUGUGGACGUACAGUGGUGGUGAUAGUAGGAAGGAAUAUUCCUGUAACUCUAAUAGACCCAGAUAAAGCUCUACUGUAUUUUAUUCAUAUUAUGGACCACGUUGCUGCAAGAGAGUUUGUCUUGGUGUAUUUUCAUACUUUGACCAGUGAACACAAUCAUCCUGACUCAGAGUUCAUCAAGAAAUUGUACGACAUUGUUGAUGUAAAGUACAAGAAAAACAUGAAGGCAUUUUACUUUGUGCACCCAACAUUUCGGUCUAAGGUGAUGACCUGGAUGUUCACAACCUUUUCUGUCUCGGGGUUAAAGGACAAAGUUCAUCAUGUUGAGAGUCUACCUCAGUUGUUUACGCUUAUUUCCCCAGAACAGAUUGAUAUUCCACCCUUUGUAUUGGAGUAUGAUGCUAGGGUUAAUGGACCUUACCAAUAUUCAUGCCCGUCCUCUCCUGACCUAUGAAAAAUCAGCAUGUCGUUGGUUUCUACAUCCAGUUUGUAUCAGGAAUUGGAUGUUCUAAAUGGAUGUUGAUAUUCAGGAGGCCUUUUUUCCUCCAAAUUUUUUUGAAAUUUUUUAAGAGUAGCAAUCAACUUACAAUUGCACAGCAGCUGUUGCCUUUAGAAUGCAAAUAUUUUACUAUUUUUGUUUAAAAUUAAUUUUUAGAAUCAUGUGUUUUGAAUUCUGAUACAUAUGUUAUUGAUUCUAUUAGCUAAGGCUUGUCAAUAUAGUCAAAAUCCUGGAAGAGUAUGGUGGAGGCUUAACUUUCCUCUGAGGACUUACAUUGUGAAUUUGAGAUAAAAGUGUGGAACUGAGGGAACACAGCAGGCCAGGGCAGCAUCAGAGAAGCAGGAAAGCUGACAUUUGGGGUCGGGAUCCUUUUUCAUUUUCUGAAGAAGGAUCCUGACCCAAAAUGUCAGCUGUCCUGUUUCUCUGAUGCUGCCUGGCAUGCUGUGUUUCGCCAGUUCCACACUUCUCUGACUUCAACAUCUGCAGUUCUUGCUGUAUCAUUAUGAAUUUAUGCUUUUUAUUACUUUUAAAAUUUGUGCCUGGCAGUGUAAAAUAUAUAAUAAAUCUUUGAUACAUACAACAUUUAUCUGAGUGCAGGAUAAAUAAUAUUAUUUUGACGUUUUGUUAGGACAUAGAAUAUUUUUUCAUCAGUUUUUAGUAGUGAUAAUUACAUAUCAUACUUUUGUUAAGUCAUUUGUAGAUUAUUCAAAGCCGAAAACAACCACAUCAAGCUAUGCCUGAACUGGAAAAGAAAUGAAGUGAAUUGAUCUGUAAUCAGAAAUAUCUCUAUGCUCAGUUGUAACCUAAACAACUGAAGCUAAAGUGAAUGUCCUGCAAAAUUAAGGUCAGCAGUUGUCUGUACUCCAACUUCAGUGCAGUAAAGUAAUCUUCCAUUUCUCGCACUUCCUCACAUUUUACACUGCAGGUAAGCAGAUGGGCACACAUGAAUACUACAAUUACUUUGCCUUUGUUAAGAAGCAUAUUGCAAAGGCAAUUAUUCAGCCUUGAGAGACACAUUAAUACAUUGGUAAAUAAACAAAGUCAUAAUUAACUUUGGGCAAAUGUAUAAAAAUUUCACUAGUGGAAAGUCUCCUGUAUAUUGAGUCAUUCCUGCUCAAAACAGUUAAUCUAGUGUAUGAUAGUCUUUAUUUCAUGGGUGUUUGUCAGUAAGUUUUGACUUUGUGGAUUGUUUCCCAGACAAUUCCUAGAUAAAAUUGCAUUGAAUAAUUUUACUGUGCAACAAAACGUUAAUUCUCUCAACUUUUUAUUGUAUUGUCUUACAAUUCUUUCAAAAUAGCUACUUUAGUAGUUUUUAAGUGGCAUUCAAAUCUUAAAUUAUUGAACUGCAGUUGCAGCUGCUUAACAGUAGGGACUAUUACCUUCAUUAAAAACAAUGCACAAUAACUUUUAUUUGCACAAUGUUGCCUCAUUUUAAAUCUUUGAUUCAGAGCAUAUUUAGAUUAGAAAGGAGAAAUCGAGAAUGCCUCAGGUACUUUAUCUUCAGGAGUUUAGUUACUAUGAUACAUAAUCCAAAAUAUGCUGCAUAGUUGUUCUAUCUAAAUUGUUCACUGAUUUUCAAGCAUAAAGUUAAAUGCUCAGUGCCAGGUUUGAAUUAAUUCCUGGGUGGUAGGAUGAAAGUCCAUGCUACAUCCUUUCAGGUGACUACUGGGCAGAACUUAGUCGCAUAAAAUAAAUUAGGUACUCAUUUUGGAGCUUAGUUUCCUAUGUCACUCAGAACAAAAUGGUUCUGCAAGUUUCACACUGGUUCAACAAGAAGCUCAAAUAAAAUUAGGUUUAGGAUGCAUUGUUUCUGUGACCAGAGAACAUUUUUUGUCUUAAGAUUUAGAGGAAGUCUUCUAAAACUUAAAUAGCAUCAUACUGUUUGGAGGGUUGAAAAUGUGUUUUUUUUUGUUCUUCCAAUCAACAGCUAAAUUUGUCCCAUCCAUGUUGUAAAUAUUCUUUGUUUACAUUACAGCUGCAAAUGCAUAUGUAAAAUUAGUGAACCACUGUCAAUUAAGAGCAUUUAUUUUAUCUUUUGUGUAUUGAAUAUUUUAACUUUUGUUAUUGUAAUAUUUUCACUUUGUUAUUUUUAGAUUGUACAUUUAUUUUAUGGUCUUGCUUUAAACUUAAAAUAAGCUAUUCUGAGCUGAAGCAGUUUGAAAUUGAGGGCCUUGUUCCUUUCUUUUAGAUAAUAGUAGUUGGUUCUUCUGGGUUGGAAAAUGAAUUGUGUUCCUCCUGAGGUUGUGAUUCAUCGUUUUCAUCGAAGAACAUAAAACAGGCCAAUGAAUGUGACUUUGCAUGAUGGCCAGUAUCAACUUUUCAAUUGCGUGGGAUUCCUCCUGCCUCUCUAGGCGAGAGCUUUUUUAAAAAAAAAAAGUCCCUUCUCAGCUCUGAUGUUAGAGAAUUUUGUAUUAAUUUGUAAUUGUAAUUGUAAACAAUUUUGAUGCCAACAUGUCUCCAAGUGUACUGACAGUUGUGGCAUUGGGUAAGUGUGUUUCUCUAUUUGAGAGGUACAAAUAAUGUGCAUUUUUUUUGAGGUAUUAUAAUCAUGAGUAAGAUUCUUGGCAGUAAAUCCUGACAGUUCUAGUUUGUGAUUCUAUGUAUUUUAGUUUUUUUCCCAUUUUAAGAGGAACUUGGUCUUUCCUUUAAUAUAAACCUUCAUAUAAACAUUUUUCCUGAAUUAGGAGUGAACUGCAAACAGUGGAGAAAGUCCAAAAAAUGGAUGUUCUUUGUUUAAUCACCUUACUGCUUAAUGCACAACCUUUUAUACAAAAAUGUACAAAAAGCUCAGCAUGUUAUAAAAAAAAAUUUCAUAGUUUAAUUCAUUAGCCAAUCUUCACACUAACUGUUAAUUGCUCUCUACAUUUAUCCAAAUUUGAAAUGUCUUUAUUUUUCACUUAAUGUGUUUGCACCACUAUUGAAAUAUAUUCUAACACUGAAGUAGAAUCUUAUCUUGUGCAUUAUAUGAGGGAGCUAUUACCUCAAAGGUUUAGGAGCAUUAAUUUCAAUUGCUUUUCAAGGUCAAAGAUAUUACUAUGGGAUAUCACCCUUUUUAGGAAAGGGCAAAGAGAACAAUUACAUCGAGAAUAGUGAGCCUUGAGGAAGGGGGGAAAAGUCAAAUGUUCAAAGUAUAGACUGAUAUUUUAAUGUCUUUACUUAAACUCUAAAUACUAUGCAAAUUAUUUUCAGUGGCACACCAUCAGAAUAUGCAUUUGAAUAAAAAGCAGAGAAUUUUGUUUAAAUUGUAGUCUUUAUCACAAUUUCAAUGUAAUUCAAAGUAUCCUAAAACAACGGACAUUCAGCAGCAAAUUUGUUCACUGCAAACUUUACAGAAUAUGAGCUGCUUAAAUUCAAAGAGGAUACUCUUUCACUGGUCAUAAUUUGAUUGACUUUGACUAUCGUUUUACAAUGCAGAAUCAUUCACUUGAUAUUCUUAACAAGAUUGAACUGUUCCACUUUCUCCCCCAUGAUACUUGGAAACGUCUUGCUGCUUUCUUUAGCAUUCGUUUGGGAGGGGAGGACAAUUGUUCAGCAGUAUAGAAAAGAACUGGUUCACCUACUUAGACCUAGCCAAUUGCUCUUUGUGCCAACACGUUUGAAUCUACAAUCACUGUGUUGUAUGGUGAACAAUACUGCUGCCAGGUCACUUACAUAUGCAAAGUCGUACUUAAACAUGCAAACCUCUUCCUUUUAUCUGUCACUUUAAAUAUUUAUGUUUGGAACUAAACCUCACACUAAUACAACUCAUGGCUCCCCACAAUUGUUAAUGUACACAUGUAUUAGUUUUGCUUUCUUUUGUGUUAAAAUUGGUUUCACUUCAUGUUUGUUUUGGCGAGUACCAAUACAUUCAUCUUGUAUUUUUGAGAUUAAAAACUUGUUCUAUUUGAGCAGAAAGUUUUAUUUUAAGUUAAUAAAACAUUUAUCAAUCAUA